UUUUUUAAAUAUAUUAAUAAUAUACUAAUAUAUUACUUCAAUUACUUCAUUAAUAUAUAUACUUCAAUAUAUCAACAAAAUCUUCGGCGCCUCCGACGGGGUAUGGGUGCAGGCACUUUGAUAAGCCACAAGGUGGACAGACAGUAUUGUGGGAGUUCAGGUGGAGACUCACUCCUGUUGAGAGUUGCUUCCUCUGAUCUCUCGGAUGUAGUUAAACAUGCACUUGUAGCAAAGAACUGCAAUAUGGAACUGUGAAACAGUACCAGACAAUACUUUGCCCUGGAAUGGUCACAGAAAGUUCAUUCUAUACAACACCAUUUUACUGAUUAUCAACCAUAACUAAGCCUGUAUCAACCUUAAUAAUAUGUGUUCUAAAUUAAAGUUAGUUUUACCCAAUAGCAUUACAGUAAAGUGCCAAAACACAAACACAUUUGAUUCUUCUCUAUUUUUAGACAACCAUAGAUAUUGGUGGCUUUCCUGUGUUGCAAGUCAGUCCCAAGCUUUUUUUAAAAAAGCUAUUUUUUUCUCAGGAAGUGUGAGGGAGUGAAUGCUUGUAGUUCCUUUUUAAAAUGAAUUCUCUUCAGUGGGAACUUAUCACCAUUUUCACCAGGUGGCCAGAGAUACGCAGAGAGGCGCAUGACCUUGUAUAUUGUUUCACCCCAGUUAAAUUAUGAAGUUUGCAGUUUGCAGUUCUUGCUUCAAAAAAGAGAGCGAGAGCAAGAAAAACAAAAUACUCCGCUUGAUUUUCAAACCCUGAAAGCAAAAGGACCGUUUUCUGUGAGGGGGCGUAACCAAAAGUUGUAGAGGGAAGUGUGGAGCACUCAGCAGCAAGCCGUCACCACACGAGUGCUACGAUGAAAUUCAUCGCCCUCUUCUUCCUCUCCAACGUGGCUGCGUCAGGUUUGGAAGUCACUGGCUACAUUGGAAAUUCAGUCAAUCUGGCAUCAGCAGUGGAUCCAUCGUGGCAGUUCCUCUCCAUCAAAUGGUCCAUUUACUUCAACGACACACUGAUCGCCACCUGUCGCAACCAGACAGCCAACACAGAUCGUUUCUAUCUUUUUAAAAACAGACUCGGACUCAACUGCAGCACAGGUCAGCUGACAAUCUUCAGUUUGUCCCCAGAAGAUGCACUGGUGUACACAGUGGAGCUGAUCACUACUGACCGGAAAGUCAAGCAGGAGAAGAUCAAGCUCCGCCUGAGAGAACAUCUGAAGAAACCUGCCCUAAACAAGCUUUUCAGCCACCCAGUGGACGGUGGCUGCUGGAUUGCAUUCCAGUGUCGCCCCCAAGAUGAGGGCACCAGCCUCUCCUGGAAUGUGAACCCAAAAUCCACAACGUCAUACCCCCAAAACCAUCCGGAUAAAAACGUCAGUGUGAUUCUCACCUUUUCAAACCACAUCCAACAUGGCGUGGAGUUCACCUGCAGCUCCAGCCGGGACUCAGAGAGAGCUGAGAGCACCAUCCUAGAGCAAUGUCCUGUCAAAGCUGAUGCAGGUGACAGCAUAACGGGCAGAGGGAGAGUUGGUCUCAUUCUGGCCAUUGUACUUGUUGCUGGGUCAGUCAUUUUGAUCGUCUUAAAACGUUUAUAAGACGGCGAUGACACCACUGCUCACUCACCUAUCAGUCACCACCACACCACACUUUGGACUGGAAUGUCUUUGAAAUUAUUAUUUUUUUAAAUUAUAUGUCACCCUGUACCAUCACUAUGCAACGAAAUGUGCGUCAAUCUAUUUCCAGGGCCGAUAGUAUCGUGGUCGACAAAAGUCGUGCGUUUGCACACAUUUCCUCUGCAUGCGUGGAUUGAGUGGGCUGGUUUACAGACACCAGCGCUGACACAAGAACAGGAAACACAGUUGGAGCAGGCAAAGCUUCAACAUAAGAAAGA